CUCCAUUAGACACGCACGCACAGGAUGCACAACUAUAUAGAAAUGUUUUUCAUUUUGAUGUGUACGCGCGACUGUGCAGUAUGUGAGUUGGGUUGCUUUUAAAUAAAUUGUGUCGUUGUUCUACUCGUAACUAUGAUUAAUGCCAAACCACAUAACUCAAAUCAGGGCAAUAGUUCUGAUGAUAACUUUUAUGAAAAUUUGACCGAAGGGGAACCAAUAGAUCUCGACUUGUUUACAGCGUGCGCAAUAGGAGAGUUUGAGUAUGUAAAGACGCUUAUUCAUGCGAAAUCUGACACAGAUAUUGUAAAUAAAUCAAACAGCAGUGGAUGGACGUCCUUGAUGUAUGUAUGUUAUGUCGGAAAUGAUAAGAUAGUAGAGUUACUCAUACGUGAAGGAGCUGAUGUAUUAUUUCAGGAAGACAAAGGUGGAUGUACGCCAUUAAUGUUUGCCGCAAGUUCUGGCAACAUUUCUCUUGUUAAGCGUCUGGUAGAGGUAAGCUUGAGUAAAUAACUACACAUUUAUGUUCUAAUUUCUCUGUAAAGUUUUCGGUCGCUGACAC